UCCUGUCAGGAUCCACGUCAACGCACUCAAGCGAAACCAAAAGUAUCUGAGUCUUCCAGCACAUGGAAAGUUCUGCCACCUUAGAGCCGCAGGCCAGAGAAUUCUACGUUCAGGGAAAACCACUUUAUCUGAGCUGUAAUUCAGAAUGGCUGACAGAGACAUUGCUUUGGAGGGUUUGCGUACACUUUGCAAUUCUGUUGUGACUUCCUUCCAACAGGGAGAAACUGCUUCCAGAGGAUCAACGAGGACGCCGCUGCUUCUCACGGAUUUGUAUUCUGCAGUCUUGACUGCAGAGGAGAACAGUUUGUGGUCGGGGUCUGUUUUUGCUGCCUUGAGCAGUGUCCUCCUGGGAUUUAGUGCAGCACAGUUAGGCACUGGGGCACUCCAGGCAGGCUCUUCAGAUGCGCUAACAGGAAAGAGCUACAUCAUCAAUGAAGAGGAGUUCUUUGACAGCCAGUUUGACUUCGACUUCACCACAGUCAAAGACUCAAAGACCUUCUGGAGAGGUGGAGAGAUGUAUGAACGUCCGUGUGGCUGGCAGCGCUUCGCCCUCAAGGUCUUGGAUAAGUACGGGGAAAACAAGUGGCUGGGAAAUCAGAACCGUAAGACCCGCACAGUGGCAGGGGAGUGGCCUGUGUCGUAUCAUGGGACGUCCAAAUGUGGGGCUGAAGGCAUCAUUAAAGGAUGCUAUAAGCCGGGUCCACGUCAGAGGUACGGCAGGGGGAUCUAUUCCACUCCAUGCAUCGCUGAGGCUGAGCAAUAUGCAAAAACCUUCACUUCAAGAAAGAAUGGAAAGCAGUACAAAGUGAUUCUGCAGAAUCGGAUCAAUCCCGAGUACAGGUGUAAGUAUAACAACGAGAAAUACUGGCUGGUUCCCAUCCAAGAUAAAUUAUCUCCAGAGGAAGAGAUGAAGAUAGUGGAAAAGGCUAUUCGUCCUUACGGCCUCCUGCUGAAAAAGGUCUGAGGUUUUCCCCAAAAAGAGUCUUAAAAUAUUGCAGUUAUUCCAUUGCAAUACCAUCUGCAUAUUUAUCAUUGUGUUUGCUCCUGUCAGAUCAUCGGAUCUUGACCGCCUCUUCUUGCUUCUAUGAUUGACUUCAGUCAAAUUUGAGUUUUGUCACAUUUUUGUUUGGUCAUUUUUUGACUAAUGUUUGAGUUUUGACAGUUUAUUGUUCGGACAUGCUUGAGUAUGAUCCCUUUGUAUGUUAAGAAAAUAAGUUUUGUUGCAUUUUGGUUUGGUCAUGUUAAAGUUUUGAGACAUUUUCUGAUCAAACUUUGACAUGUUUGAUCAGAAAAUGUCUCAAAACUUUAACAUGACCAGUUUUUUGGUGUUAUGUUCAAGUAUUGUCCCUCGUUUGUUCAGACAUGUUUACAUUUCGUCAUAUUUUGUUGAGUCAUGUUAAAAUUCUGACACAUUUUUUGUCCAGUCAUCUUAAAGUUUUCUUUCAUUUUACUUGUUCAUGUUUAGUAUGUCUAAUUCUUGCUUCUUCAUAUUCAGCUUUUUGUUGAUUCAGCCAUUUUUUGAGCUAGUUAAAGCUACUUUUUAUUUCAAUACUGCAAGUAAAUAUUACUCAUGUUCAUUUUACUAAAGGACUUCUUAUAAUUUUAUUUCUUACAUAUAAACUUUCCAUACAACAGCGUUCAUUUGGUUGUGCACAGAAUCAAGUGACACCAAAAUGGCAGAAGUGACUGUCAACAAUCGAGAGAAUUUGAUCUGAUUUAAAAAGUGUAAAUAAAAAUUGGAUCUGGGUUUUCCAUGUUAGAAAUCGUCCAGUUGAGAGCCUACAGCGGUGUAAACUUAGUCUGAUCCAGAAAAUGAAUAAACUGAAUUAUAUGUGCUGACUUUAUAAAUGUGUGAAGUUUCUCUCA